AUGUCGCGCUUCAGGCCUACUCGCGCGUCUCCGCCUCCCAGAAUCCCCCCAAGCACGACAUCCGCCAUCGCCUACACUCAAGCCGCAGACCUCUCCCGCUCUUCCUCCGCAUCCGUUCCAGAACUCGGUGGUCUAUCCACUGACCAGGUCGAGUUCAUCGACGCGGUCAUAGACCGCGCAGGCCGGACCGCCACAACUUUCCUGACGGUCUUCAAGGCGUACAACGACCUCCUGCAGGACCGCGGUUUGGAUCCCCAAAAUGAAGUCGUGCUAUAUGGCAAGCUGCUUAAGAUUGGAACUCUGAAGGGACCCAACUGGGGCGAGAAGUGGAAGGUGGUCAAGGAACUGCACGGGUACGACAAGCAGGCGCGACCAGUUCAGCCUCGGGGUACAGCGGCUCCAGUCAAGACGUCCACACCUGUACCUGCUCGCCUCACCUUGGGUCCGAGAGCCGUACCUAAAAUCGACGAUGACACGUUCACGUUACACUCGCACGAUGUUGAUACUCAAGACACGGGGACUGAGGACGAGACGGAGCAAACUGGCAGUGCACCACAGUACCACAACUCCCGCCUUUGGGCACGGCGGCCACCGUCUAAACCUUCGAAAGCUCUCGAGGCCCAACCUGUCCGCCGGCAACCUGCGCUAUGGGAACCCGCACUGAGUGAGACCACGGUAGACAUUGCACCCUCUCUAUCUACCACGCCGCCUUCCUACAGAGCUAUUGAGCGACCACGAAAUGGUGCAGUGCCAGCUGCGCACACCCGGCAAGCCACAGCUCCGUCAAGAAUAACUCGCCCGCCAUCUCUCCCUCCUCCUCCAUCUAAGCUCACUGCUGCCCAGCGCAUCGCUCAGGCCAAAGAACGUAGAGGUAGCGUCUUGAAUGAGAACGAUGCGUGGAACAAAAUCAAGAUGGAAAGAGAUGAGAGAGAGGCCGAUAGGUUUCGUGAAGAGAGGCUGCUCGAGAGGUGUUGGGAUGUAUGGAGGCAAGGGUAUCAAUGGACCGUGACGACCCAUGAGCAAAUAGCUCAGGCCCGAGACAACCUCAUCCUAAGACUUGCUAUCCACCGCUGGCAUAGCAAACUAAUUGCCAGGCAAGAGGUGUAUCAACAUGUAGCAAAGAUUUCCGAUAACAAGAAGCUCAAGACAUUCAUGUCGAUUUGGAAGGCAAAGUUACAACGGAAAAAGAAGGAAGAAUGGCGGCAAGAUAUGCGGGCGAAGAUGAAGAGCGUCCGCGAGAGACGAGAGGCCAAGCUCGUCGAGGACGCUUGGGCAAAAUGGCGGCAAUUAUACCAAUCUCGACUUGCGGAACAGCAUUAUAGUAAACAAGUCGCCCGGCAAUUCUUCGAGCGGUGGGCAUCGAAGCUGGUAGAGAUCGAGCAUCUUGAAGCUGCUGCAGAUGAAUUCUCCGAGGCGAGGGAGAACAGAGGUGCUAUUCGAGUAUGGCAUCAAUGGAAGCGCGCAACCGAGUUGAAGGCCGCUGAGAGAACCGUCGUCGAGAGGACGGGCCUUCGCAUCAUGGCUAGCACAUUCAAUAAUUGGAAGAGACAGAUGCAUGACUACCAUACUGCACAAGAGUUCCACGAUGCCAUGGUUAUCAAGAGGCAUUGGCGUUCUUGGAAGACAUCUAGAGACCGGAUACGAGCACUAGAACGACGUGCAGAUAAACACUUAGCUCGACAGGAUGAUAUUCUCGUGCGAGCUGUUCUUAGGGUAUGGAAAGCGCACGAACGAGGCAAGCUGCUCGAGCGUGUUAGAGCCACAAGGCUUCUGAAGCAGACUUGGGCGGUCUGGAAGACCCGAGUUUCGGCUCAGCGAGAGCGUGAAAGCACUGCUAUUGCAUUCGCGACACGUCCUAAAUCCUCGCUCGCUGUAUCUGCUCUGAAGACCUGGUAUCAGGUCUACCGAACCCACCGCAACUCGCAAGCCUUCGCUGUCCAGUAUCACUCUGCGCAGCUGACCUUCAAGAUGCUACAUAUGUGGCGUAUUCAACUGCGAGUCCGCUUGAAGAUGAUCAAACAAGCAAAGAUUGCAGAGAAAUUCUUCCUUAUGCGGCGGGCUUGGAAACAUUGGGUAGAGAAGGUUGAGGAACAAAAAAGACAGAAGAAGCUGAAGUUGUUAGAGCAGCGGAUGUUGCUUCAAUACUUCGACAGGUGGAUUCAACGCACAAGAGAACAACGGCACUGUAAAUUAGCCGAAGGCUAUAUACAGGACCUUGUCGCUAAGCGGAUGAUGAGGGAUGCUCUGUCUCACUGGAUUAAUCGCGUAGUCGACAUCAAGGACCGCGAGAUCCUGGUAUCUCAGCGCUACCACCAGAGACUCCUCUCUUCUGCCUUCAAGAAGUGGAAGAAUAUCUGCGCACGUCACGCAGAGGAUUUCAGUCUCAUGGAGAGUUAUCAGGACGUGAAACGCGAAGAGACGAUUCGGCGGACGUUCCACAAAUGGUUGGCUGCAGCCCGUGCUUCUCGUCAUCGACGCAAAGUAUUGCAAGAGAAGGAAGCCGAGAUCAAGCGUGCUUCUCUGGCAGCCGCUUGGGACAAGUGGCGAGAACGCUUUAAAGAUGAGAGGCUUCGACCGAUUGAGAUUGACCUACUCAUGCGAACGCAGAGGAAUACCUUGUUCCGAGCGUUUGGCAUCUGGCACUCGAAGACAAGGUCGCUCCCUGCCAUUCGCUUCCAUGCGUCGAACCUGAAGACCAAGUUCUGGGACAAAUGGCGAGCCGCUAUGCCGCGAGCUCUUCAAGCUAGACAGGCAAGAGAAAAACAUCGUAAAGCCGUUUUAUCUGCUUUCAUGGAUAAAUGGGUACAGAAAUACAAGACUAAGAUUGAACUGAAGGCUGUCGCACGCGCCCGCUACUUGCGUUUGCCGACAGCUGCCCCGCGCCGACCCCAGCUUCCAGCAUCUACCUCGAGAACGGCCCCAUCGAAUCCUCGCGUUGCCCCACGCUCAGAGUCGCCUACGCGCUCCGAGCCGGACCCGAGCUAUUCCAUCUCCGCCUUUGCGCAGAACAGACUGGGCCGUACAAGAACAAGAACAGCAUUCGCAAGCUUCCUAUCCAGCACCGCGUCCAAUCCCACUCCCCCGCCCAGGCUCAGCGAAGUGGGCAGACCAAGACUGUUCGCCCGCGGUCGCGACGUCAGCCCUGCGCGGACUGUCGCUUCGUCCGACGAUGCGGAGGACGACAAGAAGACGGACGUCACUGGUAUAUCGCGGCCUCUCAGUUCCAUCACCGGGCCGCCGGGCGAAGUGCGACGCACUGGGUUGUGGACGGAGUUACGGGAGCUGCAGAGGAAGUCCAGAACACCCAGCGAUAGGGCAUCUAAUCCAUCAUAGCGGCUCCCCUCGGACGGUUAUUUAUUAUAUAUAUUUAUACGC